AUGCUAUUAAUUAAAUCUCUUAUCUUAAUAGUAGGAGUGCUUAAGGGAAUAACUGCCGAUGAGCCCUUCAAUGACGGGAUAUAUGUCUUUAGUAGUUCCUAUUACGAGAAACAGGAACCUGACUAUGUUCUGGUAGGUGCUGGGAUUACUGCUGAAGAUGAAUGGAGUUCUGAUCACAACCAAGAUGAAGACUCUAUUGAAUUGCAACCAGAUGAGAACGUCAAGGCGAUACAAGAUGAAAGUAUUGAGGUAGUACUCGAAGAAACCAUCGUGCAUAAAAAUGAUAAACGGGAUGCAUAUAUUGGAGAGUCCCAUCAUCAACCACCCAAAUCUAACCAUCAUAAACAUGUACAUGCCGGUAAGAUUCAAUAUGUGACUACCGUAAUCACACAAAAACUGGCAAUUGAAACCAAAAAGGCCAGUGCCAAAGGCGGCACUGUCCCUCCUCAUGCUAAACAAGAACCAGCAGUUAAUGCUAACAAAAUUGGUAAACCCCCAUCCAGACCACCUGGAGGAAGACCACAAGUCAACAUUAUCAACAAAGAUGGUCAUUACCUUCAUCCAAGUGUCCAAAAGGUAGAACAAGUUAAACAAAAACCAAACAAAAAUUCAAAGCCACUGUUCUUCCAGAAGGAACCUGAGGCUCAUUCUAAACCAACUGGAAUGGUUCAAGAAUCAAUGGAGAGUCUACAGUCUGUAUUCAAUCCAUUUAAUAUGAAAAUAAUGUCUGUUGUUGUCGUUGUUGGAUGGUUGCUUAAGAUGGUUACAACUAAGAAGAAACUUAAAGAAGAUGAUCCUGCGAUCCCGGUUGUUAAUUAUGAUUACUUGAAUCAAAAAGAUGUAUAA